AUGGCUGACAGAUACUCCUUUUCAUUAACGACUUUCUCCCCAAGCGGUAAGCUAGUUCAAAUUGAGUAUGCGUUGAAUGCCGUGAAGCAAGGCGUAACUACAAUUGGUAUCAAGUGUGACAAUGGUGUUGUUUUGGCCACUGAGCGUAAAACUACGUCGGUACUUCAGAAAAAUGAUGUCAAUAGCAAGGUUGAGUAUAUAACGCCAAACAUUGGAAUGACAUAUAGUGGAAUGGGUCCAGAUUUCAGAGUGCUUGUGGAUAAAGCACGCAAAUUAGCGCAAUCGAAUUAUAAGCUUGUUUAUAAUGAAUAUCCACCGGUGCGUAUAAUGGUUCAGGAGAUAGCUAAGGUAAUGCAAGAAAGUACACAAUCUGGUGGUAUAAGACCAUUUGGAGUCUCUUUGUUAGUUGGUGGCUAUGACGAGUACCUGCAGAAAUUUCAAUUAUAUCAAGUUGACCCCAGUGGGUCAUACUUUCCUUGGAAAGCUACCGCAAUUGGUAAAACUGCUAAUAGUGCAAAGACUUUUCUAGAGAAAAGAUGGAAUGAGAACUUACAGUUGGAAGAUGCCAUACACGUUGCAUUAUUGGCGUUGAAGGAAAGCGUGGAUGGGGAGUUGAUUGGUGAGAAUUUGGAUAUUGCAGUGAUUAGUGACCCGCAACAACAAUUAUUGGGAUUCACAGGAACAAAUGUAGAAGGACCAAGGUUUAGGAAGCUAGGCGCCGAAGAGAUCAACGAUACUUUGGAUUCGUUGUGA